AUGGAUCCAAAUGCUCCAGAAUUUGUUCCAUAUCAAAGAAGUGAUUAUAACAUUCCAGUUGGUGAUUUAUCAAAAAAACAAAUAAAAAUUCUAAAGGAGCUUCUGUUCGAAUGGAGUAAUGCCAUAACAUUAGAGACAUUAUUGACAGGUUGGGAAGUGCACCAAAAACGAACUUACAUAAUGGCAGGUGAAAAAUCUGAAAUUUCCUUUCUCUUAGUAAAUGUGGGUAGUCUAAAUGCUCAUCUUUAUGAUGUUUUUGAACUGCUAACUUUUACACACGCCUCGAUUAUUAUUUUGAAUGGUACACAUCAUGAUGAAACGACUAUUGCAUGUUUUCGUAGACACUUUAAGAAUUUUGUUGUAUACGCACAAAGCGGUUUAAAUGCUUUUGGCGAAGUUUUAGUGGCGGUGCAUCGCUCUAUUCCCUCUAGUCGUGUUAUAAAUUUUCAGAAUACUGCCGAUCUCUUGGUUAUAGAUAACAAAAAUUCAUCCGGAUUGGAUGGCGUAUCAAAUCGUAUGUAUGAAAAAUGUUUUCUUGUUCAUUUUCGUAAAUGGGUUCAAGAUGCCGGUAUACUUCCCGAUGAACAGACUGGUUUUAGACAGGGCCAUAAUAUGGCAGUGCGAAUCGUAUCAAUUAAUGAUCAGAUCGGUCAAAGUUUAAAUCAAAAUACCGCUGCAGCAGCAUUAUUUGUCGAUUUUAAAGCGGCGUUUAAUCAACUAUGGUACAAAGGUUUAUGGCUCAAACUUCGUAGACUGGGCUGUCCUUUGCACCUACUGGCUUGGUUACGUUCUUAUCUAAAGAAUCGAGCUGCAUUGUUGGCUACGAUUGUUGUACGAAACCUAUAG